AUGCUGCAUUCGCGCCUACGGCCUGCUCCCCGCCGCAAUCCCACCACCGCGCCCGCGACACCCGCGACGCCCACGUCCGACCUCCGAGACCAGGACGAGGGUUCGGAGGUCGAAGAGUCCGAGGACUUCUUUGGUUCCUUUUUGGCACACCUGUUUCCCGAUGAUGCGCCCCAAUUCCACGGGGAUCCUGGCCAGCGCCUGAUCUACUCGUCCCCACGCUAUGGCGAGCUGGAAAUCAUGGUUCCGCCUUACCCAGACCAGACUGAGAAGAGAUCAGAGGACACGUCGAGAGAACUCAGGAAGGGGGAUGGCAUCAAUCGCGUGGAGGAGGGAAGAAAGCUGUUUGCACACAUGCUGUGGAGCGCGGGGAUGGUGAUCGCGGAGGGCGUCGAAAAUGCGGACCGCAAACCGACUGAGAUCGACUCAGCCACCCAGACAGAGGCUCGUGGGAUCUGGGCCGUUCAGGGGGAGCGUGUGAUGGAGCUCGGCGCAGGCGCAGCUCUGGCCUCCCUCGUCUGCGCCCUCGCCAAUGCCGCCAUUGUGGUAGCUACAGACCACCCCUCGUCACCCUCUCUCGCCGGCGCAAUCGACUUUAACCUGACCUACAACUUCCGUCGGCGCCACGAUUCACCGAACACAACCAUCGUCAUCCAGCCGCACGAAUGGGGUUGCCUCUCCGACUCCUUCUCCCUAUCCCACAAAGGUGCCUUCACCCGCAUCAUUGCCGCCGACUGCUACUGGAUGCCCUCGCAGCAUGAGAACCUCGCCCGCACCAUGCAAUGGUUCCUCGCCCCCGGCGGAAAGGUCUGGGUCGUGGCUGGGUUCCACACGGGACGGGCAAUUGUGGCAGGUUUCUUUGAGACCGCAGAGGAGAACGGGUUUGCAAUUGAGACGAUCUUCGAGCGGGAUUUGAUGACGAGGGACGAGCAUGGAGGGGAGGUUCGGCGGGAAUGGGCUCCUGUGCGCGAUCACGAGGGCCCGGAGAAUCGGGGGCGGUGGUGUGUCGUUGCUGUUUUGAAGCGGAAAGAGUAA